AGUAAACUUUAUUGUCAUCGUACUGGAAAAUUCACGGCAAUUCUCAAAGCUAUUAUACCAAGUUUCACAUGGUAUAGGAAAGUCAUUUACGAAAAAACUCCACCGUGAUGUGAUAAAUAAUAUUAAGUACUACACAUCUAAAGACUUGUUUAUUCAUCUCAUAAAUUUCUAUGGAUGACAGAGAUUAGUUAAUGAUAAGAGUGCAAAUAUUGUGGUACCGUUCAAUUCAUAUCAAUCAAGAAUGAAGAUGUGAACUUGUGAUUUUUCGUGCUUCUAGUUUGGACAAAAAUAAUCAUGAAGUCGUCUGUUCUGUGCAUCCUAGCCCUGGUUAUAGUGGUGGGGAAAAGUGUGGAGUCAGCAAAUAUCCUAGUUCUGAUGCCACUGCCUUUCCCAAGUCACACCAGAACCUACAUGCCCCUUUUCAAGGAGUUGGCCCUCAGAGGACACAAUGUCACAUUCUACUCGGCGUUUCCUUUCAAAGAAGAUAUUCCCAACUUGAAAACUGUCAUGGUCGAUAAUUUCUUGGAAGGAUUCAUACACGACAUAGCCAAAUCCAACUUCGCAGACUUCAACGGCUGGAGACACGUGGUAUUCGUGUGGCGUAUGGGUCUGACAUGCUCCGAAAAACUCCUGCAACAGCCACCCAUCAAACAGCUGAUGCAGUCCAAGGACACCUAUGACGUCAUCCUGCUAGAAACCUUCUUCGCGCACGAGUACCUAACAGCAUUCGGCCACAAGUUCCAAGCGCCAAUCAUAAACCUGCAUCCGUUUCGGGCCGAAAACUGGCUCAACUUCAACGUCGGAAACCCGAAUCCGUUCUCGUAUGUUGCCGAUUUCCGCCUGGAAGCUGACGGUCAGAUGGACUAUUUCCAGAGGAUCUCGAAUCUGAUGAUAGGUCUCUUCACGAGGGUUACGGGCUACUACUGGUACCUGCCCAGACAGGAGGCUACCAUGCGCACGUACUUCGAUUACGCAGGUGUUGACACCCUGCCGCCGCUGAAAGAUAUGUUGGCGGCAACUACGAUGUCUCUGGUUGACGGCCAUCAUGCCAUCAGUUACGUGGCACCCAACCUGCCCAAUAUUGUACCCGUUGGAGGCAUUCAUAUUUCCGCCAAUAGUUCGCUUCCUGAGGACCUGAAAAAGUGGAUAGAAGACUCGCCCCAUGGCAUAAUCUACCUGAGUUUGGGCUCAACGCUGAGAUCAGCUGAUCUGAAACGCGAAUACGUCGACAUUUUUGUACAAGUGCUGGGAAAAUUGCCGCAGAGAAUUCUGUGGAAGUGGGAGGCAGACGAUAUUCCUGGACGUCCAGACAACGUCAAGAUCUCCAAAUGGUUUCCUCAGCAGGCUAUUUUGGAACACCCAAAAUGCAAGCUAUUUCUGACGCAUGGUGGAUUCCAUGGAAUGUUCGAGGCAGCCUACUACGGUGUUCCGGUUGUGGGUACACCGGUUUUCGCGGACCAAAAAGGAAACUUGCACAUUGCCAAACGCAAGGGGUUCGGACUGAUGGUCAAGUUCGAAGAGCUGACUGCUGAGAAGCUAUCGCACGCCUUGAAUACGGUUUUGAAUACGCCGAGUUUUAAACAGAACGCCCAAAAACUGUCGAAAAUCAUCAAAGACGAGCCGUCCACCCCCAUGGAGCGAGCCGUAUUUUGGGUGGAGCACGUGAUUCGUCACAAGGGAGCCGAUCAUCUGAAGUCAAUGCGACUAUCAUUGACUUGGUACCAGUACCUCCUUGUCGAUAUAAUUGCAUUGUUUGUUGCGGUUGCACUUGUCAUCUUCUAUGUAUUCAAGUUAUUACUCGGAUUGUUGUUGUCAAACAGUGACAAAUCAAGUAAAAAUGGACAGAAAGAGACUAAUAAAGUAAAAAAGAACUGAAAUGUUGUUCCAA